AUGUCGGCCGAGGCAAAUGACAAUGGACCCAUAGUGGGAAUGCGACAUGUCCAGGCCCUACUGAUCUUCCUCAACAUAACUAUUAUGUUCAUAGGCCGAUUGAAUGUGGGCGUGUCGGUGGUGGCGAUGACGAAUGCGGAAACCACGAAUCCGGACUUUCCCGAAUACGACUGGACGGAGGCGCAGAAAUCGUAUAUACUCUCCAGCUUCUUUUGGGGCUAUAUCUUCACCCAGUUCCUGGGGGGCUAUCUCUGCAAGCGGUUUGGCGUAAAGAGUGUUAUGUUCUGGGGUGUCUUCGGGUCCGGAGUUUGCAGUACUUUGACACCCUUGUUUAUUGGAUUUGGCGAAUGGCAGGCUUACUGCGGAAUCAGGGUGAUCAUGGGAUUGGCGCAGGGUGUGGUGUUCCCCUGCAUUCACCAGCACUUGGCCAAGUGGUCACCGCCGGCGGAGAGAAAUCGCCUGGGGGCUCUUAGCCACACGGGAAUCGAGUGCGGCAAUGUGAGUGCCAUGUUCUUGAGUGGAAUGAUAGCCAAGAGCUCGCUGGGAUGGCCUGGAAUUUCGUAUGUCUCGGCUGGAGUAGCUUUUCUGUGGUGUGCCUUGUGGUUCCUUUUUGCAGCCAACGAUCCCACUGAAUCCCGAUUUAUAGGCGAAAAGGAACUUCACUAUAUUGAGUCGUCGCUGAAGCAUAAUGAAAAGUACCACACGACCUUUAUCCCCAUUCCGUGGAAGGCGAUUUGGACCUCGGCUCCUUUCCUGGCCCUGCUGAUAGUACGAUGUAGCGAAAACUGGGGACUCAGCACUCUGCAGGCCGAGAUUCCAGCCUACAUGAACGGAGUCCUCGACAUGGACAUGAAGAGCAAUGCGUUCUUUUCGGCACUUCCAUUCCUGGCCAUGUGGUGCAUGUCGUAUAUUUACCUGAUCACGGCCGAUGUUCUUCUGAGCAAGAACUCGGUUACCCUGACAGUGCUGCGGAAAACCUACAACUCGAUAGCCUUCUGGAUUCCGGCCGCCACUUUGAUCGGCAUUGGCUUCCUGGAUAAGGAUCAAAAGAACUAUGCAAUUGCACUGAUGACCAUCAGUGUGGGCGUAAAUAGUGCACAGACCAUUGGAAGUGUUCUAAACACCAUCGAUCUAUCGGAAAAUCAUGCCAGCAUUCUAAUGGGCAUUGUGAAUACAGCUGCGAAUUUUGUGCCCAUAGUCACACCUUUGGUGGUUGGUUGGGUUGUAGAGGAUAAUACUGAUCGGACUGAGUGGCAGAUCGUGUUCAUCAUUGCCUCCGUAAUCUUUUUCGUGGGCAACUGUAUUUACCUCGUCUUUGGAACUGCUGUUACUCAGCCCUGGGAUGCCGAAGACUAUCUGCAAAUUAAGGAACCUGAGCUUGCCAAUGGGCCAGCCAGCCAGGAGAAACCUAAAGAGGAACUUUCCUUAAAGAUCAACGAAAAAAUCAAAGACACUUCGAAUGCGACAAAUAGAUAGUAAAAUCAUUUUUCUUUUAAGCCGAAAUUAAAUUGACAAGUCUGGGUA